AUGACCACUCCAAUCUCCCCAAUCACUCUGGAAAUCGCCGCAACGUCUCCGAAACUGUCAGGUUAGUUAGAGCUUUACUUUUCAGCACUAUAACUCGAAAUGCUACAGUACUCUUACCGUAAUCCUGAAACUGCAAAGUUCAUACUCAUUGAUCAGUCAAUUCACAUUAUCAUUAACAUCUCCAUUAGCAUUUCAUUUCGAAAAUUCAAAUGUUUGAACACACAGACAGCAUUCAAAUCAAACAAAAACGAGAGUCGAAAGGUCGUUUUACUUUCUCUUUUUUCUCAUUUUUCGUCAUUGUCUGGUCAUAUUCCGUUUCAAAUUAGACACUUUUAGGUGAUAGGUACACCAUUUUUUCGGUAAACAUUAACUUUUCGAAAAAAAAUCACAAAUUUUUGCUUGUAAAAGUGCAUAGGAUUUAAUCGAACAUUAGCCGAGCCCCUUGUCGUUACUUUUUGUCCUUUUGAGUCAGCAAAUUAGGUUAGAACUCGCUACUUUCCGAGUGAAAAAUGGAAAUGGGACAAUUUUUCCAAAACGUGAUCCGAUUUCGGACAAGUCUGGCGUAACAAGUGCUUCUUUGUGUCACUUCCCGUCAUUCGAUCCCCGCCUCGAACAACGGUGACCGUUCAUGCACGGGUCUUUUUGGAAAUGUGUCAAGAGACAAUUAAUAGGUGGUUCGUUCGCACUAAUUGUGUGUCACUUUUGGAGAAAUAUUGUGAAGAUCUGUUGAAGGAGGCCUAAGAUUUGUGCUCAAGUUACUUAUACCAACCCCGUCAAAAGUUACACUGGAUUGUUCUAGUCAAACUGAACGAUUACCGUAUCAAAAUCUUUUCAAACAAUCUCUAUUUUGUCCCGUGUUUGAAACUAGGUACUAGAAGACACAAUAGUGACAAAAUGUUGGUUUCGAAAUGUCCGGGAGUGAUUCGUACCCAAGUGCAACUUCCUGAUGGACAAUAGUGGCCGGGUAAUGCACCCGAAUGUGUUGUAUCGGGUGUGGAUGGAGUGGAGAGUGUUUCUUCGAUUCCAUUAGUUGCACAUGUACUCUUCAUUUGAAUGUAUAAAGUUUGUCAAUAAAUUCCAAUUUUCAGCAUCCAAAAUGUCCGGGUUCUCGAUCACAGACCUCUGUCCGGACCUCACAGUGCUCACGGAAUCACCGAAGAAACUGGACGUGUCUCCGACCCCGCCAGGUACUUUUUCAGUCUCAUUUUCAGUUCUAAACCAUUCGAUUUUAAAGCCACAAGCCCAUGGAGCAGUCAAGCGACCAGUCCGAAGAUGGAAGAGUUUGACGAGCAGGAAGUGAAGAUGGAGACGCUUUCAGGUGAGAGUUUGAGGCUGGGCCACCCAAACUUUGCAGCCUUUUUGGACUAGUUUAGCCAGAACAGCCAAAGCUAAAAAAAUUGAAGUAGCCAUUGAAUCCAGGAAACCGUACAUUUCGAUUCCAGAGCCCUCCUCAACGCCCCGCCCCUCUUCGAAAGCCAAUUCGGACGGGGAAGUCCGUCCUCCGUACUCCUUCAACGCCCUCAUUGCAAUGGCCAUCCAGAGCAGUCCGGAAAAAAGAAUGGUGCUCGCGGAGAUCUACGCCUUCAUUUCCACCAACUUCCCGUUCUACCGCAUGGAAAAACUGCAGUGGCAGAAUUCGAUUCGGCACAAUCUCUCGCUGCACAGACAAUUCGUCAAGGUGCCGAGGUCUCCGGGCGGAAAAGGUGAGCGCAAUUUCCAAAACCAAGAGGCAACUCGCAAAAUGAGACAUUUCAGGAAGCUUCUGGACAAUGGAAACGGACCUCGGAACGGAUGUGUACAUUGGAAAAGAGUGCGGGAAGCUCCGUCGCCGCUCGACCAAACCGAAGGCGGCGUCUCCGAUCGAGAGAGGACCGCCGACGGUGCCUCAGCUUCCGGUCCUUCCGCUCUUGCCCCCUCUUUUCUCGCUUCCCGCCCACUUCCCAAUGCUCUUCCCGCUCCAGAAUCCGAAUUGGAUCGAGAUGGUGUUGAGAUCGAUGCAGAACGGCUCCAACUUUCCCAUGGUCCCUAUGGUUCCGGGCCUGAACCUUCCGCCGCUUCAGAAUUGA